AUGGGCGUGCCGCUGGGGGCGGUGGACUACUACUGCGGCGGGGCGUGCGUGGUGGAGACGGAGGACGUGCUCAACUGCGUGGCCAGCGCGCUGGACGGCUUCAGCUUCCACAACGGCGCCUCCGUGGAGGGCGCGCGCUACGCCCUCAGGAGGGGGUGCAGCCACACCAUCAAGAGAGGGGACUUCAACGCUUUGGAGCCACCCAUGAGCGACUACCCGGACAUCUACGGUGACUACCGCGGCCAUGCCUGCAGGGCUACGCCUCCUCGCAGCAUCAACUUGCUCGCGUUUCUCGCUGGCGCCUGGCUGCUGCUCAUUCAGGGUCGCUGA